AUGGAAGAACUAGGUAUUAGUACUCCUCAACCUGUUCUUAGUGUAGAAUUUGGUGCAAAGAAUAAUGGUCUAUCAUAUGGUUCCCUACUUGCUCAGCUAAAUAAUGAUUCAUUUGCCGUGGCGAAUGGUAAUUCAGAUGUCUACUUGAAACUAAAGAAGCUGGAGAAAGAAUAUGAAUUAUUGACAUUACAAGAAGAUUAUAUCAAAGAUGAACAGCGCCAUUUGAAGAGGGAAUUACUCAGAGCCCAAGAGGAAGUGAAAAGAAUCCAAUCUGUGCCACUUGUCAUUGGUCAAUUUUUGGAACCGAUUGACGAAAACACCGGUAUCGUCUCCUCGACCACAGGUAUGAGUUAUGUCGUAAGGAUUCUAUCGACUCUAGAUAGGGAACUGUUAAAACCAUCAACUUCAGUUGCAUUACAUCGUCACUCUAAUGCCCUUGUGGAUAUUUUACCACCUGAUUCAGAUUCUAGCAUAUCAAUCAUGGCCGCAAAUGAAAAGCCAGAUGUCACCUAUGCCGAUGUUGGUGGGUUAGACAUGCAGAAGCAAGAAAUAAGAGAAGCUGUUGAACUACCCUUGGUACAGGCGGAUUUGUAUCAACAGAUUGGUAUUGACCCACCAAGAGGGGUUUUACUUUAUGGUCCUCCUGGUACUGGCAAAACUAUGUUAGUUAAGGCCGUGGCAAACGCGACAGAAGCCGCAUUCAUCAGAGUGAACGGGUCAGAGUUUGUGCAUAAAUACUUAGGUGAAGGGCCAAGAAUGGUUAGAGAUGUUUUCAGAUUGGCAAGAGAAAACUCACCAUCAAUUAUUUUCAUCGAUGAAGUGGAUUCCAUCGCUACAAAACGUUUCGAUGCUCAGACAGGGUCUGAUCGUGAAGUCCAACGUAUAUUGAUUGAGUUACUUACUCAAAUGGAUGGUUUUGAUCAGUCAACAAAUGUUAAAGUUAUAAUGGCAACCAAUCGUGCUGAUACUCUAGAUCCAGCUUUGUUAAGACCUGGUAGAUUAGACAGAAAGAUCGAAUUCCCUUCAUUAAGGGACAGGCGUGAACGUCGUUUAAUUUUUGGUACUAUAGCUGCAAAGAUGUCUUUAGCUCCUGAAGCAGAUUUAGAUUCUUUGAUCAUCAGAAAUGAUCCUUUAUCUGGUGCUUUGAUUGCCGCCAUUAUGCAAGAAGCUGGUCUAAGAGCUGUCAGAAAGAACAGAUACGUCAUCCUACAAAGCGAUUUGGAGGAAGCGUAUGCUUCACAAGUCAAGUCAGGUAGCGAUGUUGAUAAAUUCGACUUCUAUAAAUAA